AUGUCUUCAACUGUGGCAAACAAUACUGCGCCACAUCCUCCUACCAUACACUACCCCCAGCCAGAAAGGCCAGCGAGCCAUGGUGUGACGCCGCCAUUCUCCAGCUCUGCGAGCAUUCGCUCUUCCCCACAACAUACGCACCCAGCAGGCCGAGGAUCUCCAACGCUAUCUGGACUUCCAGCUCACAACGCCGAAGUUGAAUCGGAUUAUCAUCUGCUAUGGCUCGCUGGCCUCCCACGGGCAGCCCGGCCACUGCAUCGACAGAAGCUGAUGAAGCGUGCGAUUAUCCUCACGGAAUCCCCAGAUGAGCACUUGGUCUGGAGCCCCGGACAGAUCCUCAUAAAACCCGUCCCGGAAUAUCUCCUGGACCACGAGUUUUGGGUGCGGGAGCUCUGUCCUCAUCGAGAACUGCACGCUGCCGCAUGUGGGCUGCUUCUAUCUUAUGCGUGGCUCAUUACUGGAUUGAUCGAUUUCCAACUCGCCAAGGACGAGCGUAUUCUUCCCUUUGAUGUCACCUGGGAUGCAUGGACCCUGUUAAUCCGGCAGUUCCUCGAGUGGGUGGACAAUGAGAAUGAUGACGAUAGGUGUAUUUCCCAACCCCAGCCUGCAAUCAUCAACAAGCGCUACGAGUUUGGUGAGUUGCGCUUGAGCCGCCUGAAUUCCCUGUACCGAUUAGCGCCCGUGACCUUUUCUAUCCGCAACCUCGUUUUUGGGUUUCUUCCCAGUUCGACAUGGUACCAGGAGUUCUUCGAGCGUAAUUUCUCGUGGAUCCUGGCGGUUUUAGUAUACAUGUCAGUUCUGUUGUCGGCCAUGCAAGUGGGACUGGCGACCCAGGCGCUGCAGGGGAAUCAGCAGUUUCAGAGGGUUUGCGUCGUCUUCACCUUGGCGUCUAUUUUCUUCACGGUGGUUCUGGCAGAUGCAGAGAGAGCGAAGAGUGCUUGCGGAGCGAAAGCAAACAAAUGA